AUGAAGGCGUGUGUGAAAAGAAUCUCCCGAACGCUGACAGCUCUCCUCUCCCCCGCGCACCCGCGAUGUAGCCACCUCCUGGGCAAGAAGUCGUGGAACGUCUACAAUGCCGACAACAUCGAGCGCGUCCGGCGCGACGAGGCCGCCGCCGCGGCGCGCGAGGCCGAGCGGGAGCGCCGCAUGCAGGAGGACGACGCCGCGCGGCGCCUGGCCAUCCUGCGCGGCGAGGAGCCGCCGCCGCCGCCGCUCCCCGAACCUGGGCCCGAUGCCGACGGUGACAAUGCCGCCGCCAGACCUCUGCACAGGGAGUGGGGGCCACCGUUCGAGGGCAGGAAGCGCAAGAGGCGCGGCGAGGACGACACGGACUUUGAGAUGAGGGUCGCGCGGGAGAGGGCCGAGGUGGGCGACCGGGCGGCGCGGGAGAUGGGGCGGGGCGCCGGCGGGGCGCGUGCGGGUCGGGGCGGGAAGGAGGUGUCGCUCGUGGAUGCCAGGGGCCACAUCGAUCUCUUCGGCGCGGCCAGGGCGGAUGAUGAGGAGGCCGCGCGGCGCGGCGGCAACGAGACGCGGAGGGACGGCCGGCCGCCGCGGAGGGAGGAGAAGCCCGCCACCGCGGCCGCGACCUCUGCGGCCGCAGAGGGCUGCGGCAUGCGCUUCGCCGACGCCGGGGGGCGGCGGGCCGGCCUCGCCGACGGGAGGAAGCCGUGGUAUGCCGCGCGGGAGGAAGCCGAGCCGCAGGGCGCGGCGGCGGCCGGCGAGAUGCAGGUCAAGCCCGAGGACGCCUUCGGGAGGCAAGACCCCGGGCGCAAGGCGCGCGAGGUGGCGCGCCUCUCGGCGGGAGACCCGCUGGCCGCGAUGAGGAGCGGCGCCAGAAAGGUCCGGGAGCUGGAGCGGGACAGGAGGAACGAGAGGGAGGAACGCGAGAGGGAGCUGAGGGACCUGAGGCGAGAGGAGAGGCGGCGGGAGAAGAGGCGGAGACACGAGGGGAGGAAGCGCUCCGGCGCUGACGGCGGCGACGACCUGGAGAGCCUCGAGGGCUUUAGCCUCGAUGCCCCGCCACCUUCGAAGCAGUCGGACAAGAAAUAUCGUGACGAACGGCACAGAGACAGGCACAGGGAUGAAGACAGGCACCACCGGGAGAGGGAUAGAUCUAGCAGAGACGAUGAGAAGGAUUACCGCCGGCCUAGGAGCGACCGGGAACGCAGUGACGGGCAUCGAAGCCACCACCGCCACCGCCACCAUGAACAUUCUCGAUAG